CUCAACCUCCGUAUGCUCAAGGCCCAUCCCCUCCUGCCGCUGUUAGGACUGCACGGACGGCAAGGUAACAGGUUGAGAGCAGAGUUUGCAUUUGUCCGAUGAAAGGAGUCCAGAAGAACUCUAUGCCGACUGGGAAGGUUCCAACCCAGCUGAGUUAAGCAAUCUUGCUGAGUGCUCAGGCCGAAGUAACGUUAGGUGGCCUGACUCACUCCAAACUGUUCUAGGCCCCUCGGCUUAUACUAAUCUUUUUUUAAGCCCAAGCAAAACUCGAGUCCGUUCACCCUCGCCGGGUCUCCCCAUGCCACCGGCGAGGAGCCCGUCCGCCGGCCUGCGGUGGCGCAAAGCCUUCCUCCCUCUCCUUCUGCUCCUCCCUAUGAUUCUUAUAAUCAUAUUCCUGAUCUCCCCACUCCGCUCCAUCCCCACGGUCAGCAACGCAGCCCUUAGGCCCCAGCGGACCUGUGACUACGCCGCCGGCGGGUGGGUGCCUGAUGCCUCCGCCGACUCCCAGCUUAGGUACGACCACACGUGCAAGGAGAUCUUCAAGGGUUGGAACUGCGUCGCCAACGGCAAGCGCAACGGCCGCGCCCUCCUCCGCUGGAGAUGGAAGCCCACGGGGUGUGAGUUACUCCCCAGGCUCGACCCGCACCAGUUCCUGGAGCGCCACAGGAACACCAACAUUGGAUUUGUGGGUGAUUCGUUGAAUAGGAACAUGUUUGCCUCAUUGGUCUGCAUGCUUAGAGGAGUGAGCGGAGAGGUUCGCAAGUGGCGUCCAGCAGGGGCAGACCGAGGUUUCACAUUCCUACGCUAUAAUCUCACCCUCUCAUACCACAGAACUAAUCUUUUGGUACGCUAUGGUAGGUGGUCGGCUAGUCCAGACGGAGGUCCUCUAGAAUCUCUUGGCUACAAGCAAGGCUACAGGGUUGAUGUUGAUAUUCCCGAUCAAACAUGGGCAGAUGCAGCAAGCUUCCAUGAUGUUCUUAUUUUCAACACAGGACAUUGGUGGUGGGCCCCUUCAAAGUUUGAUCCAAUACAAUUACCGAUGGUAUUCUUCGAGAGAGGGAUGCCGAUUAUACCUCCUUUAUCGCCACCUGAAGGACUGGAUUUGGCUCUCAAACAUGUGGUAACAUUCGUGAACAAAGCAAUAAGGCCCAACGGAAUUAAAUUCUUCCGCACUCAAUCUCCUAGACAUUUUGAAGGUGGUGACUGGAAUGAAGGUGGAUCUUGUCAGCGUGAACAACCCUUGUCCUCAGAAGAGGUCAAAGAAUUUUUUUCUGUGGACAACAAUAGCACAAACAUGGAAGUACGCUUGGUGAACCAGCACUUGAUGAAGGCUCUUGAGCAGUCUACCUUUAGAGUUUUGAAUGUCACUCACAUGAGUGAAUUCAGGGCUGAUGCUCAUCCAUCAACAACCGGAGGAAAGAAGCAUGAUGAUUGCAUGCAUUGGUGCUUGCCAGGUCCAACUGAUACAUGGAACGAUUUGCUAGCAGCAAAUCUUGCAGCAACUGAGAGAGAGCUAGCCUGAAAAAACUGAAGCCCUCGAGAGAAUUUCCACGAAAUAUUUCCCCGUGGUAUGAAUAUGAUGGCACAUUUCUUUGAGAUUAUCCUGAACACUAAGCUUGUUCAUAUAGGUGAGCGUUGUUUUUUUUCUCCACUGUAAAUUUGACCAUGUAGAUUUUUGACACAUUUCAUAUAGGAGUACUUACUGAUAUGUACUUCUAAAGCCUAGAGUAGUUUAGCUGGACUUGUUUGUCUGAAUAUUCAGGUUUGCAGUUGCAAACCUAAUCAAACAGAGUGAAGCUUUCUCCUGGACA